CUUUGCUGUCAGAUCGUUGAAUUUCGAGAUUAGGAAUCCAUUCGCGAGCGAUAAUAGUGCAUCUCAAAGAAUCAAUUUGGAUGAUUAGAACAGAAGGAGCUUUGUGUAGCAGUAAUUAAUUUAUAUAAAAUCGUGUCACAUCAACGACGUAAGGCGACAACAUUCAAGUUGUUUGAACGAGAAAGGUUAACCGGCGAAUAAUUAACAAGGGUAGUAAUAGAGCUAACAGGAAGAAAGGAGGAAUGGCGCCGAAUAUAACGAGUAGCCCGACAGGUGUACUGUUUGAGGGUGAAACUUUGGAGGAGACCUCAAGGGUGAUCGACGCGCCUAAAACGAAAUACAAGAGACAGAUCGUUUGGAGGAAUGUGAUUAUUUUCACAUAUCUUCAUAUAAGCGCCGUCUAUGGACUGUACCUCGCUCUUACAUCGGCAAAAUGGGCGACGCUAUUAUUCGCGCUCUUCUUGCAUGUAUACAGUGCUUUGGGGAUUACAGCUGGCGCUCACAGAUUAUGGGCACACAGAUCAUACAAAGCGAAAUGGCCCCUGCAGUUGAUUCUGAUGAUUGGCAAUACAAUAGCCUUCCAAGAUGCGGCAAUCGAUUGGGCAAGAGAUCACAGACUUCACCAUAAAUACAGCGAGACGAACGCAGACCCUCAUAACGCAAAGAGGGGAUUCUUCUUCGCUCAUGUUGGUUGGUUGCUGUGUAGGAAACAUCCGGACAUCCGCGCGAAAGGCAAAGGAAUUGAUCUCAGUGAUCUGAAGAGCAAUCCUAUACUGUCUUUCCAGAAAAAAUAUUACGCGAUUCUGAUGCCUCUACUGUGUUUUAUUGUGCCGACUAUAAUUCCUGUCUACUGCUGGAACGAGACUUGGGGAAAUGGUUACUUCGUCCCUACUGUUUUGCGCUACGUCUAUACGCUGAAUAUGACUUGGUUGGUCAACUCUGCGGCCCAUAUGUUUGGAAACAAACCAUAUGACAAGUAUAUCAACCCCGUGGAAAAUAAAAUGGUAGCCAUAACGGCUUUAGGUGAGGGUUGGCACAACUACCAUCACGUAUUUCCAUGGGAUUACAAAACGGCAGAAUUGGGCAAUUACAAAGUUAACGUAACAACAUUAUUCAUUGACGCCUGCUCAAAACUUGGCCUCGCGUACGAUAUGAAGAUAGUACCUCAAGAUCUGGUGCGAAAACGAGUAGAGAGAACCGGCGACGGAAGCCAUAACGUGUGGGGUUGGGGUGACAAAGAUCAGACGCAACAAGAUAGAGAUGUGACAAUGGUGGUGAAUCUGAAGAAAGAUCAUUAACGGACACAAAUAUUGUGCUAGGCUGAUCGUUUUCUCAAUGGAAAAUAGUAAACGAUAGCCUACUUCUUUGUACAGUUCUUUACGGAAGGGGUGGUAUAUAAGUUAUCCGGUAAUCAAUUGAAAUAUUUUGGGAUAGCUCUUAAUAUUCUUAGUUAGCCGGUUAUAUUAGCAUCAGUUAUAUCCAAUUUUUCCGAUAUUGGUUUACAAUAAAGGAUAAAACAUUGUA